ACUUCCGCCUCGGACAUCAGGGCCAAGAACCCCCAAGAAAAUAACGCGGAACCAAAGGUCAGCGACGACGCCUCAGACCGGCCCCACGCAGGCCCCGCCCACCGCCGCGCCCCCAGGGGUGGGCGGAGCUGACCCGCCCCCUUCCGCCACCGACCGCGGGCGGCUCUCUGCCGAGUCCAGCCGGGAAGCCGCAGAGGGCAUCUCGGACAGAACACGGCUGCCUGCCUUCUCAGCGCUGCAAGCCCCGCCAUGCUGGCCCUGCGAAGCUGCCUGACUAGGGCGCUGGCCGCGCGGACGCUCGCGCCUCAGGUGUGUUCAUCUUUUGCUACGGGUCCCAGGCAACAUGAUGGAACACUGUAUGAAUUUCGUACUUACUGCCUUAAACCUUCAAAAAUGAAUGAGUUCCUGGAAAAUAUUAAGAAAGUCAUUCAUCUUCGGACAGCUCAUUCUGAAUUGGUUGGAUUCUGGAGGACAGAAUUUGGAGGCAGAAUGAAUAGAGUGUUUCAUAUUUGGAAAUAUGAUAAUUUCACUCAUAGAACUAAAGUUCGGAAAGCCAUAGCAGAUGAUAAGGAAUGGCAACAAGCUCUUACACCAAAUUUGGCUCACAUUGAUAUACAGGAGAAUGAGAUUGCUUAUCUGGUACCAUGGUGCAAAAUAGAAAAGCCUCCAAAAGAAGGAGUCUAUGAACUCGUCAUUUUUGAGAUGAAACCUGGUGGGCCAGCUGUGUGGGGUGAUGCAUUUAAAAGGGCAAUUAAUGCACAUGUUGAUUUAGGCUACACGAAAUUAGUUGGUGUUUUCCACACAGAAUAUGGAGCACUCAACAGAGUUCAUGUUCUUUGGUGGAACGAGAGUGCAGAAAGUCGUGCAGCUGGGAGACAUCAGUCUCAUGAGGAUCCCCGAGUUGUGGCAGCUGUUCGGGAGAGUGUCAACCACAUAGUUUCUCAGCAGAAUAUGCUUCUGAUUCCUACUUCGUUUUCACCAUUGAAAUAGUCUGCUACAGAAAAAUCACGCAUUUCAUUAACUGCUAUGAGAUAUGCCUGUUAAUGGUGCUUUAAUUCUCCCAAGAGGGUCUUUCAUUUGAAGAAGGUGGUAAGUUAAUUCACUAAGUUUCUUGUAGUUUUUUUUUUUUUUAUUAUUUCUUUAAUUUUUGCCAUAAGGUGUGUUCACCAGAGAGACAGA